GUCGAGUCUUUCUGGUCACUGUCGACCCACCUCGCUCCCCCCUCGGCCCUGCAACCCACAACCGACUACCUUCUCUUCCACUCGGGCAUCCGCCGGCCCGUAUGGGAAGACCCGCUCAAUCUCUCAGGGGGAAAAUGGAUUAUCAGACUAAAGAAAGGUGUUGCCGACCGUAUUUGGGAAGACCUCGUCCUCGCUGUUAUCGGGGACCAGUUCGACGGAUAUGCGAAUCGGGCAGAGUGGCCUGAAAUUUGCGGGUGUACGAUUAGUGUGAGGCAGAGCGAGGAUAUUGUGAGUUUGUGGAACAGGGUCGAUGGGGAUGUCAAGGUCAGAGAGAAGAUCAGGUGA